GGAGACAAAAAUCGAACAUCGAAAUGCAGAGAUCGAUUGCGAUGACGGCGAAGAGAUUUCUUCAUCGCAAUCUUCUCGAGAAUGGUAAACCCAGAACUGCUUCUUCUCCUUCGUUUAGCCAUUGCAGUUCCUGUCGUUGCUGGGUACGAGCUUCUUCAAGCGUCAGUGGUGGUGAUUUGCGAGAGAGAUUAAGCAAAACUCGGCUUCGUGAUAUAAAGCUAAACGAUGCGAUUGAUCUAUUCAGUGACAUGGUCAAGUCUCGUCCCUUUCCUUCCAUUGUCGAUUUCAAUAGAUUGCUGAGUGCCAUUGUUAAAUUGAAGAAGUAUGAUGUUGUUAUCUCUUUGGGGAAGAAGAUGGAAGUUUUGGGGAUUCGAAAUGAUCUUUAUACAUUUAACAUUGUGAUUAAUUGUUUCUGUUGCUGUUUUCAAGUCUCUCUAGCUUUAUCUAUUCUUGGCAAGAUGUUGAAACUUGGUUAUGAGCCAGAUAGAGUCACGAUUGGAUCUCUUGUUAACGGAUUUUGUCGUAGGAAUAGAGUUUCUGAUGCUGUAUCUUUGGUUGAUAAGAUGGUGGAGAUUGGAUAUAAACCUGAUAUUGUUGCUUACAACGCGAUUAUUGAUAGUCUUUGCAAAACCAAACGUGUGAAUGAUGCUUUCGAUUUUUUCAAGGAAAUUGAAAGGAAAGGGAUUAGACCGAAUGUUGUUACCUACACUGCGCUUGUUAACGGUCUUUGUAAUUCGAGUAGAUGGAGCGAUGCUGCUCGACUUUUGAGUGAUAUGAUCAAGAAGAAAAUCACUCCUAAUGUGAUUACUUACAGUGCGUUGCUUGAUGCGUUUGUGAAAAACGGAAAGGUUUUGGAGGCUAAAGAGCUUUUCGAGGAGAUGGUACGAAUGUCUAUUGAUCCUGAUAUCGUGACUUACAGUUCGUUGAUCAAUGGGCUUUGUUUGCAUGAUCGGAUAGAUGAGGCUAAUCAAAUGUUUGAUUUGAUGGUUAGCAAGGGUUGUUUAGCAGAUGUAGUGAGUUACAACACUCUUAUAAAUGGAUUUUGUAAGGCGAAGAGAGUAGAGGAUGGGAUGAAACUGUUUCGUGAGAUGUCUCAGAGAGGAUUAGUUAGCAAUACGGUUACUUACAACACUCUUAUCCAAGGGUUUUUUCAAGCAGGCGAUGUUGAUAAAGCUCAGGAAUUUUUUAGUCAGAUGGAUUUUUUUGGUAUCUCUCCUGAUAUUUGGACCUAUAACAUUUUGUUAGGUGGUCUUUGUGACAACGGGGAGCUAGAGAAAGCACUGGUGAUAUUUGAAGAUAUGCAAAAGAGGGAAAUGGAUCUUGAUAUUGUCACAUAUACUACUGUUAUCCGAGGAAUGUGCAAGACUGGUAAGGUUGAAGAAGCUUGGAGUUUAUUUUGUAGCCUCAGCCUCAAAGGAUUGAAGCCAGAUAUUGUAACAUACACUACAAUGAUGUCAGGGUUGUGUACGAAAGGCCUACUACAUGAAGUUGAAGCACUGUAUACAAAAAUGAAACAAGAGGGGCUUAUGAAAAAUGACUGCACGCUUAGCGAUGGUGACAUAACUUUAUCAGCUGAACUUAUCAAGAAAAUGUUGAGCUGUGGCUAUGCACCGUCCUUGCUUAAAGAUAUAAAAUCUGGGGUAUGCAAAAAAGCUCUGUCUCUCUUGUAAUUGUUACUGUGUUUGUGCAUUUCCCCAGCGGUGAUUGAAUCACUGGAACUCAGUGUUUCUCUAAUUCAAGCAGAGAAAUCCUCAAUUGCUUCAUCCAAACAUUGAGUAAUGGUUGCCAAUCAUGUAAUAUCGAAUGGUGAAUGCAACUGGAUUCUCCACGCAUCCGUCACCCCCGAUAGGAGAUUCUGGAUAUGGGUUUUGCAACUCAAAGGGAUUCACUAAAAGUGUUUUCUGCUCCAUCAUCGUCAUCAUCAUCAUCAUCAUCAUCAUCAUCAUCGGCAGCUCUAUUGGUGGCGCGGAUAAGCAUUGCUUCAUCAUCUCCUUCUGAUCUCGAUGCUUGAGGUGAAAUUUCUGUCUUCGUUAGUCAAAUCACAUUUCAUGCUCUGCUCGUACUGGAUUAAUUGUUAAUGGUUUUGUUCUUUCAAAAUCCAUUGGUUUGAGAUCGGUUUAUAACCACCGGAUUGAAGUUGUUCUGGGUAUUCUGUUAUGUCUGAAACUGGGAUGCAAAGCUAGAAGAUUGACUUUAGAAAGAUUUCAAAUCGACCUUUAAUACAGAUUUUAGUAUCCCUUGAAAAGGCAUUCUUAUUAUUAAGCUUUCUUCAAUGCAACUGGUCUCUGUUUCAUGCUUUCUUUAACUUAUCUUAGCUUAUAUAUCAGUCCAAAUUCUUCUGGUAUCUAAUGGUGCUCAUAAACAGAUGAAAGCACGAGAAAGAGAUGUGUUUGGCUCGGCUUGAGGAAGAAUGAGCAUCAUUUGGUUUCUGGCAAGCUAAUCAUGAUUUCUCUGUAUGAACAUAGGCAUAAGAAAUGUAUGGAAAGAAAUGCUGCCAGAGGUUAGGAAAAGCCAUGAUGUUGUAAUAAAGUCAAAAGCUUUCUCACUUGUAAGAGAAAUCUAUUUCCCUUUGUAAAUCUUAUCUUGUGUUCUUCCUAAUAACUGACAACUAAUUUGUAAGCAAUGAAGUUGUAAAAUUUUCGUAAGAAAAACCAAACUGUUGUGUAAGUUUUAAUCAGAAUAUUCUAAUUUCGGGAACAA